CGAGCAUUGCUAGAACAGAAACAGAAAAAAAAACGUCAGGAGCCACUGAUGGUUCAGUCCAAUGUGGACAGUCGCACAAGAACACGCAGAAUGAAACAGUCAGAAGAACAAGCACCACUAGUGGAAACUUACCUCAACAGCAACAGCAACACCAUUUAUCAUGUACAGGAUGCUGAGCAAGAAGAUGUAAAAGUGGUAGCAGACUCACAAGCUCCAAAACCAACUAAAAAAACCAAGGCAGCUACGGGAGGCUGUCAAACUGGCAACACCAGGAAGGAGAAAAAGGGGAAACAUAAAGGAAUUGAUGGUCCAGCUGCUUUUCAGGACGAUGUACAGGAAGUAGGGAGCCAGGUUCAGAUUCUUACUGUCGGAGAGGCUUGUCAAGAUGAGGAUGACGGUGAGACAUUGGCUAGCAAUCAGCAACAAAGCAAACAGGACCUUCGAGUAACGAUGCAGAAAAAAGGUAUUUCAAGCAGCAUGAAUUUUGAUGAAGAGGAAGAUGAGGAGGAUGAGGACAGUUCAAGUUCCUCCCAGUUAAACAGUAACACCAGACCAGGUUCUGCAACAAGCAAGAAAUCAAACAAGGAGACAGCUGCAGGGCCCAGCCCUUCAACAAACAGCCCUGUAAUAGAUGUUGAUGACCUGGAGGAAUUUGCUGUGAGACCCGCUCCUCAGGGUGCUACUGUCAAAUGCCGAAUCUCAAGAGACAAGAAGGGAAUGGACCGUGGAAUGUACCCUACUUACUACCUCCAUUUGGAAAGGGAGGAUGGUAAAAAGGUGUUCCUGUUAGCUGGAAGGAAGCGAAAAAAGAGCAAAACCUCAAAUUACCUCAUCUCCAUAGACCCGACAGAUCUGUCACGAGGGGGAGAGAGUUUCAUUGGGAAACUGAGAUCAAACCUCAUGGGUACUAAGUUUACAGUUUAUGAUAAUGGAGUAAACCCAAUGAAAACAACAUUGAGUUUAGAGACAAGUAAUUUACGCCAGGAGCUAGCUGCCAUUUGCUAUGAGACAAAUGUUUUGGGGUUUAAAGGUCCUCGCAAAAUGAGUGUCAUCAUCCCAGGAAUGAGUAUGGACCAUGAAAGGGUUUCCAUCAGACCACGCAAUGAACAUGAAACACUCCUUGCAAGGUGGCAGAACAAAAACACAGAGAGCGUCAUUGAGCUGCACAACAAAACCCCGGUCUGGAACGAUGACACCCAAUCUUAUGUUUUAAAUUUUCAUGGUCGUGUAACACAGGCCUCGGUGAAAAACUUCCAAAUUAUUCACGAUAACGAUCCUGACUACAUAGUGAUGCAAUUUGGCCGUGUCGCCGAAGAUAUUUUCACCAUGGACUACAACUACCCCAUGUGUGCACUUCAAGCCUUUGCCAUUGCUCUGUCCAGUUUUGACAGCAAGUUGGCUUGUGAGUGAACAGGUUAUUAUCUGAGUCUCACUCAGCCAAAACCAUGUACCACCAGAAGAA